CUUUCAAACACAAUCAAUAAUAAUCAGAAAAUGGAUGGACGAACCAGGGGUCAAAGUUGUUGAUUGAAUGAGUGCAGCUAAUCAUUUCUAAUUUAACUUUUCAUUCGAGAGGUACGAUAGUCGUUGGUCGUAUAAUGUUCUGAAUAUUUUUUGUAUCGUAUAAACACAUUUAAAGCCGGUUAAAAUGUUGCGAGUCUCCGGUAACAUCGUGAGAAAACAGUCCAGGAAAAGACUGUUGAAAAAAUUAGGUUUUUGUGACUUUAGCACUGGUUCACAGGUUCCUUCACAAGCCGAUGUCGUGAUCAUAGGUGGCGGCACUGCCGGGUGUAACUUGUUGUACCAACUGUCCAAAAGAGGAAUACAAGCAGUGCUAUUGGAAAGAGGAAAAGUCACAAACGGCACAACAUGGCACACAGGUGGCUUGUUGUGGAGACUCAGCAACCCGGGAGAUGUGGAUAUCCAACUUUUGGAGGCAAGCAGAAACAUUUACAUGGGUCUGGAGCAAGACACAGGGGUGAAUCCAGGUCAUGUUAUGAACGGGGGAUUGUUCAUUGCCAGAACUGAUGAAAGAAUCGAAGAAUACAAAAGGGCCCAUUCGCUAGGGCACUACUUCAACAUCGAGACCCAGAUGAUAACACCCUCCGAGGCAGCAAAGUUAUCUCCAGUUCUGAACCCCAAGACCUUCAAAGCUGCCUUGUAUUGUCCAGGGGAUGGUCAUAUGGAUCCCAGCAUGCUUUGUUCGUCCUUGAUGAAAGGAGCUACUAAGCGUGGUGCACAGCUUUUCGAGAACUGUGCAGUCACAAGCAUCGUUACGGAACCCGUGGCCAAUCUGAGAAAGGUAACAGCCGUUGAGACGACCAACGGUACCAUCAAAACGAACUGUGUGGUCAAUUCUGCUGGUGUUUGGUCUAGAAACGUCAGUCAGAUGGUAGGGGUUGAUAUACCUUUGACUGCCAUCAAACACUCGUAUGUUAUCACUGACAGUAUACCAGACCUGAAGGGUACGCCAAAUUUAAGAGAUCUGGAUGGCGACACUUAUCUAAAAGUGCAAGGGGAUACUUUCCAUUUGGGAGGUUAUGAGAGGAAUCCUGAAAUAGUGAAAGAGGUACCAUCUGAUUUCAAUUUUGGACUUUACGAAUUGGACAAAUCCAUAUUCCAUGUCCACAUGGAAAGAGCAAGAGAAAUCUGCCCAAUAUUCGAAAGGAUUGGCAUUAAAUCUGAUAUAUGUGGACCUGAAUCCUUCACCCCUGAUCAUAAACCACUGAUUGGCGAAGAUCCGAGAGUUUUAGGCAUGUUCCACAACUGCGGUUACAACUCUGGAGGCAUACAGCUGAGUGGAGGCGUUACCGAACAACUUGCCAUCUGGAUAGCAACAGGAAGGCCUGAAGUUCAUAUGUUCAAUUAUGACAUCAAGAGAUUCAGUCUACUGCAAAGAUCCGACAGAGCUUGGGUUACAGAAAGUAGUCACGAAGCUUAUGUAACAAAAUAUAACAUCGUCUUCCCAAAUGAUCAGAAAUUGGCUGGAAGAAAUCACAAGAUAGACAUGUUCCACGAGGCUCUAGUGGCUAGGGGAGCUGUUAUGGAGCAAGUACAGGGCGUUGAGAGACCUUCCUACUACGUUAAAGACCGUACAGUUCCUGUUAGGAGUUACGAUUGGUAUGGAGCCUACGAUCAUGUCAAGAAUCCGGAUAACAGAUACGAAAAAGAACUUGAAGGAGACAGGACCUUUGGAUUCUCUGCACACCAUCAUGCCAUCGGCGAAGAGGCUCUGUCGAUCAGAAACAGUGUUGGUCUCUUCAACCUCUCCCACUUCACCAAGAUGUACCUAACUGGUCCAGACGCGCAAGAGGCUGCAGACUGGCUGUUCACUGUUGAUACAGAUCUUGGUACAGGCAGGGUUGCUUACUCGUGUCUUUUGAACAGCAAAGGUGGUAUUGAAGCUGAUUGUACUGUAACACAACUCAGUGAAGGAGUUGGUACCCUUGUCGGUCCAAUUAUGAAGGGCAAGGGCUAUUAUGUAGUAGCUUGCGGAGAAAGUGGACCACAAGCAGUAAAUCACAUAAGGAAAGAAUUGAUAAAGAAAAAUUUCAAGGCCGUUAUUACAGACACUACAGAUAGAAUGGGAAUCCUUUCUCUUCAAGGACCUAAAAGUCGGCAAUUACUACAAUCUGUCACAGAUUUCCCUAUAACAGAUGAUAGGUUUCCUUUGGGAAUGUCCCAACUGAUUAAAAUAAAUGGCCAUAUUUGCAGAGCUAUGAGAAUAAGUUUUGUAGGAGAAUUAGGAUAUCAACUACAUAUACCUGUAGCCUUCUGUAUCCCUAUCUACAACAAGCUUUCAGAUGCUGGAAAAGGUUUUGACCUCCAACACAUUGGUUUCAGGGCGUUCUAUUCUUUACAAUGUGAAAAAGGUUAUCACUUAUGGAAUCACGACAUAAGAUUAGAUGACAACCCUGUAGAGGCAGACCUUAGAGGUAUCUGCAGAGAAAAUGGUCAAUACUUAGGCAAACAGCAUGUAGAUAAAUUGAAGAAACAUGGAUGCCACAAAAGGAGAGCUUUCUUUACCUUGCAAAAUGAUGUAUGUGUUCAUGGCAAUGAAACCAUUUGGAGAGACGAUCAUAUAGUUGGGUACUUAAGAAGAGGCAACUAUGGUUACAGCUUAGACUGUAGCAUUGGUAUUGGAUAUGUUCAACAUCCCAAAGGUAAAGUAGUAGAUGAUGAAUUCCUCAAGAGUGGAAAAUAUGAAAUAGAAGUAUCGAAUAGAAGAUACCCUGCCACCUUAUUUUUGAAGAGCCCGUUUGAUCCAACUCACAAUAGGAUUUUAGGAGAUUACGAGUUUGAAGUGCAGGAACAAGACCAUUUCGAAGACUGAUAUUUUGACAUGUGAACAUUUAAAAUUGUGGGAUUUAAAUUAAAAUAAAUUGAAUCAUUUUACAAUCA